AUGUUGUUUUACUUCAAGCUAAUCAACAAACAAAAACCACAAGAACAAAAGACCACUCUUGUCAAGUUCUCAAAAAUCAAUUUCGACAUUGAAGUGAUUGGGUGCUUUGCAAGAGUGACAGCAACACACUUUGUGACCAACACAAACCCAACACCAAUUGACCUUUCAAUUAAUUUUGCGUAUGACAAUCAGAGUGCUGUAGUUGGGUAUUCGUACAAAGUGAACGACAAAGAGGUGAUCUCGUCGCUCAAAGAGAUUGAAGCUGCCAAGAAAGAAAUAGCAGACGCAAAAAGUUCUGGAUAUUCGACUUCAGACAUCCAGAAAACAGACGAUCGCACUCUCGUUCUUUCACUUGGCAAUUUGGACACAACCAAAACAGCUGAGUGUAAAAUCGUAUACGUCACACGCCUUCUUGUUAUCAACGAUGAUUUAGUACUUGCAUCGACUGAAACUGUGAAAGACGAAACUGAUGCGGAAGUUACGAUAGAGCACAUUGGCGACACCUCAUCACCCAAAAGCACAUUUACAAAGAAGUUGAGUGAGAUCACAACGAUACCACUCGGUAAAAUUGGGAAUGGGAUUUACAUCACAGACGAUGAAGAUCUCGAGGAGAAGACUGGCUUGUCUGUAUUUGUGAGUGAUGAGAAGGUUGGACCAGUCGAUGCGAUCUUUGUGUGUGACCGCUCUGGAAGUAUGUAUGGCAAAGGCAUCACGUCUCUCAAGAGUGCUUUACAACUCUUUUUGCGACAACUUCCAACAGACAGCACAUUUGACAUCGUUUCGUUUGGGUCACAAUUUGACUCGCUGUUUUCUGGUCUCAAGAAAUACGACGAGACUUCUUUUGACUUUGCGUCGAAAGCUGUCGAGAAAUUUGAAAGCAACUAUGGCGGUACCUUCC